AAGAGAGAUAUUUAUAUCGUAUCAGCUACUGCUAACGGUACAACAAGAAAAGGAAUUGAACUACAAUCCACCAUUUGUUAGGAUUUGAAUCAUACUUGUUUGGAUCUAGCAACGGAAAUUCAAACGGUAAGGAAUUAAAAGUACCUGUAUAGCCAAAGCCAUGGUGGUAUAAUUGUUGGCUUGUUUGUUACUAGAAAUGGGAGUAUGUAGAGGCAUGCAGUAAUAGUUUGAAACCGUGAACUAGAUAAGAUAUUCAGAUUAAUUAUGCUUGGUGCGCCCAAUCGCGACUACAGAAAUAUCAGAAUUUGACACCCAGAUACAAUAAGUUAUCUCCAUCAUCACAACGACACAGUGUGUCUCCAUCCAAGAUGCUUCAUGGAGCUAGUAGCAUUCUUUAUAAACACUCGAAAGGACUGAAUGCGACAAUUCAAUGUAAUUUAAACUAUCAAAAUUAAAUUGAUCGCUUGGGGGCUUUCUCUCUGAGGCAGAACGCUCCCCAUUGUCCAACUUAGUGGUUAGAGCAUUCAAUUUGUAUGUUAUGAAUCCAGUUCACUUUCCCUUGGGAAUCUGGGCGAUGUGUCAAUCCAAGUGUGUUGUUAUGGGGUAUUAUAACAAGCUUCAGUCUUGUACAAUCAUUUACGAGCGACCAUCAUCAUCAUCCCACCACUUGCAUCCGACCAAAUCAAAUGAUCCUUCUUCCAUUCUCCCUAUUACGUAAUUUCUUCAUGCGUCGGGCAUUCAUCCAAACCCUAAUCGCCCCCCGCCACCUGUCCACCACAAACACAAUGUCCCAAUCAAUGCCAUUAGAGGACACCACAGCAGAUCAUCCACACACAGCCGCCGCCGCCGCCGCAGCAGAGCUACCACCUCCACUCCAUCAACUCAAUCAUACUCGUAAAGCAAGUACCCUCCCAAGGCAUCUCCUUCCAGCUCUGGCCUCCUGCCACCACUCUCAUCACCCUCCUCGACCGCCACAGAACCUCUCACCCCACCCCUCUCCUCCUUGUUCGACAGCCGCGCCCCCCCGCACCGUCGCCUCCGCAUUCUUGAGCUGGGCUCAGGCACCCACCCCUCUCUCCUCCUUGUUCGACAGCUGCGCACCCCCUAACCGUCGCCUCCGCAUUCUCGAGCUGGGCUCAGACACUGGUGCGGUUGGGAUUGCCGCAGCUGCUUUGCUUGGCGCAAGCGUCACAAUCACAGACCUCCCCCACGUGCUGCCCAACCUGCAGUUCAACGUUGCCGCCAACGCAAAAAUCUUGGAGCUCCACGGCGGGGCAGUCGACGCGGCGGCACUUCAAUGGGGCCAGACUACGGACGUGGAAGCCAUAGGCAGAGAAUAUGAUGUUAUACUGGGGUCUGAUUUAGUGUACCAUGAAAACCUGUAAGGGCCACUGCGUCUGAGGUUUUUGUUGCUGGGGAGUGAGCAGAAAGUGGUGUUCUUGAUGAGCCAUUUGAAGAGAUGGAAGAAGGAAUCAGCAUUCUUCAAGAAGGCUAACAAGGUUUUUGAUGUUGGGGUAAUUCAUACUGAUAGUCCAUGUAAUGGGUCCAGAAUUGGAGUCACUGUCUACCAAUUUGUAAGAAAAUGUAAUGGUGGUGGAAAAUUGAAAUCUGACUUCAGCUGCAAGUGAUGUCUAAAACAAUAGUUGAUGUAAGAUUCAAAAAUUUUAGAAGCAGGAGUUCAUUUGUCAGUAAAUUUUGUCCUAUCUAGAAAUGGAAGCUCGGAGAAUUAAAAUGCUCCUGACAAGCAAUUAGACUGUGGUGCCCAAAAAUGGAAUGUGAUCAAUCCUGUUUUAGAUUUGGUAAUAAUGAAAGUUUUCUAUCUGAGAAAAUAAUUUACAACAGAUGCAAUUUCUCCACCGAACUGAAACCCACUCAACCAACCAAAAAUCUCACACCAAGGUAUGAAGAUAUACUCAAACAAAAAAGAUGUACAAACUGAUGACAUGUUCUUGACGUGUACCGUAUGGUCUAUUCCACUGUCUCCAGCCAGAACAAGUUGGAACACCUGAAGGAUAUCGUGCAGCCACGUGGAUGGUACACUGGCAGUCAAAUAACUAACCAGUGGUUGGGCCUUCACUUUCAACAGCUCUCAAAGCACACAAUGAAAAUUGCAAUAUUGAAGUGAGCUCAUUAUUUUCCCCAGUCCUGUAUGUAUAUUGAAUGUCAUCUCUUCCGUAAUGGCGUGCCUUUAGCCACAGCCUUUAUAUUCUGUGAA